AUGAAGUCCCCAUACAAAGUACGGCAUAUAACACCGAAAGUUUCGUUGCCAGAUGCACUCCUCAUCACCGAAAUUCGUCUUGUCUUCCUAAUGCUUUCUCCAGCCGAAAGGUCUUUUUUGCAUGAUUCCCUCAUAAGGCUGCCACCUAUACGCCCAGACAGGCGUGCAGAUUACCAGUUUCGGCCGUUGGAAGCCAAAACUGGAUUUUUACCUGGUUCCAAUGGCUCGGCCAGAAUCCGGUUGAUGGAUGGAAGUGAGUGUAUAGUAAGUGUUAAGUCAAAGGUGGUCAUUACAGCGCUAGAGAGCGCGCUUAUAGAGUGUGACGUGGACAUCAGUGGACAUCGUGACGACUCAAACUAUGUUUCGAAUCUUAAAUAUAAUCUUGAAACUGUCUUGCUUGAGAACUUUCCAACUAGCUGUUUGAACCUCACCAGCAAAUAUUCUUACAAGCUUUUUAUCGAUUGCAUAGUCAUUAGCCACGCGCUGUAUCCGUUGGGACUCAUGUCGUUGGCAUGUUACUUGGCCUUGAAGACGUCCCGAUUACCGCUUUUGAUCAGCGAGGUCAAUGAUGCUGAUAUUGAAGAACAACCCACUUUUUCUGAUGACUGGGACGAAGCCCGUAACUUGGCUGAAAUGCAAGACUUUCACCCGCCAAUAUCGAUAGUGGCUGGCCUAAUUGGUUCAAAUAUACUUUUCGAUCCCUCGGCAGAGGAAGUCCAAGUAUUGGAAAAUGGUCUUUUACUCACCUGGUACAAUGGAAAGGUUAUAUCACCGGUCUCCAACGUCAACCUUGCUACGAACUCCAAGAAUACAAACUUUAAGGGACUCAGUCCUCACUUGAUAACAAAAAGUAUUUCUAUGGCACAGAAGUACUGUGGAGAUAUCGUGAAAGCAUUGGAUUCUGUCAUAGACCUGGAAACUAACGCCCCAGAUACCAUUUUCUAA